AUCAGGUUAAGUCUUGCAUUAUCUUAUUCUUGCUGCAAUUUGAUCCUCAAAAUCUGAUCUUUAUCUGAAACCUCAUCAGGGUGUUUUGAGUUAUUGCAUGUAUAAUCCAUUCUUGGUGAUUGAAGCGAUAACUUUGGAAAAUGGGUGUGUGUGCAAGCAAAGGCAAGCUUGCAGAGGGGCGAUCAAAUAGGAAUAGAUCAGGUGAUGAAAGGCAUUCCCAAGAAUCACAGAUUAUAUAUACAAAGUCUCCGGGACCAGGUUCUCAGCUUCCUUCUAAGCCUCCAGGGGGUCCAAGAAGGGUCCAUAGAUCAGAUACAAUCCUAGAGACCCAGGAUGGAAUAUUUGAUGCAGUAUUGAAAGGAGACAUUGACUUGGAAAGACGGCCUUGGCCCAAAAUAUCAUAUAGUGCCAAGGACCUAGUUGGCAAGAUGCUAACACGAGAUCCCAAGAAACGGAUCACAUCUGCUCAAGUUCUUGAUCACCCAUGGCUUCGAGAGGGUGGCGAAGCAUUGGACAAGUCAGCAGACAGUGCAGUUUUUUCUAGGAUGAGGCAGUUCAGAGCUAUGAACAAGCUCAAGAAGCUUGCACUCAAGGUUAUUGCUGAAAAUUUAUCCGCAGAGGAAACUCAAGGACUUAAGAAUACGUUUACUAACAUGGACACAGACAAUAGUGGCAUAAUCACUUGCAAAAAACUGAAAAAUGGCUUAGCCCAUCUGGGAUCAAAGCUCACAGAAGCAGAAGUUCAGCAACUCGUAGAAGCUGCUGAUCUCGAUGGUAACGGGACACUCGACUACAUGGAAUUUAUAGCUGCUACGAUGCAUAGAUACACACUGGAGAGGGAUAAACAUCUUUACAAGGCAUUCCAGCAUUUUGACACAGACAACAGUGGUUACAUAACAAGAAAGAAACUAGAAGCAGCAAUGAAGAUAUAUGGAAUGAGUGGUGCCAUUAAAGAAAUACUGUCUGAAGUUGACUCAGAUAAUGAUGGAAAGAUCGACUACAAGGAGUUUUGUGCAAUGAUGAGGGGCGGCACCACCCAACAACAGAGAAACCGUUCUACUUCUCUGUCUGGAGGAUCAACAGACAGUCAUCACCCACUCAAUAGUGGUUAGGAACCCUCAAUGUAAGAUACCGAAAUGUGGAGAAAUUCUUUUAUGUGAAACUGAAAACUAUCAGAACAAUUCUGCUAUUGCUAGUGCUUUGUGUACAGUGUUUGGGAAGAGUAACCUACGUUGUAUAAGAUGGAGUC